UUCCCGCCAGCUUCUGAGUAUAUCAAGUCGCUUACAGUCAAACGAAAUUUUGAGAGCUAUGUGCACCAGUUGUACUUUUUAAUAUCAAAAGUAAUAAACACGUAAUUUUGUUAUUCAUUUCGAAAUGCUGCGCAUGUUAAGUGGAUUGCUGUUAUUUUGGCAUAUAUUAAUGUGCACACAAUAUCAGGGAUCGAGUGCCGCAGCAUUUACACCGCGUCAAAACCGUUUUGAAAAAGAUGAGCCUUUACGAAUUGCUGCGCCAACGACUGAAGGCAUUAAAACGAAUGCCAAACUUGAAAGUGGUCUUUUGAAAAAAUGUCGCCCAUGCAAGCUGGGUAUCAAAUGCGUACCUCAAAUUCAAUGCCCCGCCCAUGUGCGCAUGGAAAGCCACGAAAAGCCGCAAAUUUGUGAUCUUCCUGCUGGUAAAUUUGGAUACUGUUGUCAGACAGGGCAAAAUCACACUGCCCCACGGCCCGCGAGCGCCAAAGAGCGGCGAUCCGGGUUGCCCGCCAUAUUGUCUCCAUCAGUUUUGGAGGAGGCGCGUCGGAACUUUGAGCAUCUAAUGCACGGAGUGGCUCAGAUUCCUGUGCGAAGAGGUUUCCCCGAUUUCGCCCACGGACUGGUGUUCCACUCAACCGCCAAGGAUGAUUUGCACAACUUUGCCAUUUCCAAUAGUGCCAUCGAACAAGUUAUUACCACCCAGCUUUUUGGCCAGAAAGAGCAAGUACCUCUGGACGAUUUUAUUACUAAUAACGUGCCAACCAAAUUCACGGAGACUCCGCUGGCAAAGCACUGCCAGCCGCCGCCUAUUUGCCGUGACAUUCAAUCGGUGUUUCGCAGUUUGGACGGAACUUGCAACAAUCCCCUGCCUCAGCGUUCGCUAUGGGGAGCUGCUGGCCAGCCGAUGGAACGACUUUUGCCCCCUGCGUAUGAGGAUGGAAUCUGGACACCGCGCGCCCACUCUGCCGAUGGCACCCCACUGCAGGGUGCACGUAAAAUCUCGCGGACUCUGCUGGCAGAUGUGGACCGACCCCAUCCCAAAUAUAAUCUCUUGGUUAUGCAGUUUGGACAAGUUUUGGCCCAUGACGUGUCUCAAACUUCGUCUGUGAGACUAGAGGAUGGCAAUCUUGUACAGUGCUGCUCCCCUGAGGGAAAAAUAGCGCUCAGUCCGCAGCAAAGGCACUUUGCCUGUAUGCCAAUCCAUGUUGAUCCAGAAGACGAGUUUUUCGCGUCUUUUGGUGUACGGUGCCUGAACUUUGUGCGUUUGUCUUUGGUGCCGAGUCCCGACUGUCAACUGGGCUAUGGCAGACAGCUUAGCAAGGUAACGCACUUUAUAGAUGCCUCACCGGUUUAUGGAUCCAGUGAGCAGGCAUCCCGUGACCUUCGAGCCUUUCGAGGUGGACGUUUGGAAAUGCUCAACGAUUUUGGCAGGGAGCUGUUGCCACUAACCAAUGAUAAGAAGGCUUGUCCAAGCGAGGAAGCUGGGAAAUCUUGUUUUAACUCGGGCGAUGGCCGCACCAAUCAAAUCAUUUCGCUCAUCACUCUUCAGAUUCUUCUUGCUCGAGAGCACAAUCGUGUAGCGGACGUUUUGCAGCAACUGAAUCCUUCAGCUACUGAUGAAUGGCUUUUCCAAGAGGCACGGCGCAUUGUCAUUGCUGAAAUGCAACACAUAACGUAUAAUGAGUUCUUGCCCAUCAUAAUUGGACCGCAGCAAAUGAAGCGCUUCGGAUUGGCUCCUCUUCAUGAGGGAUAUGCUCGAAGCUAUAAUGUUGAGGUAAAUCCGGCCAUAACCAAUGAAUUUUCGGGAGCUGCCUUUCGCAUGGGUCAUUCGAGCGUCGACGGCAAGUUUCAUAUUAGACAAGAGCACGGCCACAUCGACGAAGUGGUUAAUAUCCCAGAUGUGAUGUUUAAUCCUUCCCGUAUGCGAAAACGUGAAUUUUAUGACGAUAUGCUGCGUACUCUCUAUACUCAGCCGAUGCAGCAGGUGGAUAGCUCAAUCACACAAGGACUUAGUCGUUUCCUCUUCCGUGGGGACAAUCCAUUCGGCCUUGACUUGGCUGCUAUCAAUAUUCAGAGAGGUCGCGACCAGGGUCUUCGUAGCUAUAACGAUUACCUGGAGCUGAUGGGAGCGCCAAAGUUGGAGAGUUUUCUGCAGUUCCCCAGCGAGAUCGGACAGAAGUUGGCUCGUGCCUAUCGCACCCCCGACGACAUUGAUUUGUGGGUGGGUGGCUUGCUGGAACAGUCCGUUGAAGGGGGCGUGGUAGGCGGGACCUUUGCAGAAAUUAUAGGAGAUCAGUUUGCGCGAUUCAAGCAAGGCGACCGAUACUUCUAUGAGUACGACAAGGCAACCAAUCCGGGGGCCUUUAACCCACAACAGCUGCAGGAGCUGAAAAAAGUGACAUUGGCGCGCAUUCUGUGCGACAAUUCCGAUCGAUUAACACUGCAGGCUGUUCCCGUUGCUGCUUUUGUCCGGGCGGAUCACCCAGAAAACCAAAUGAUUGGCUGUGACGAUCCAAACUUGCCUUCUGUUAAUUUGCUUGCAUGGCGCACUUAAGAUAAUGUGCAAACUGAUUUUUAAAUUCGUUUAUCAAGCUUUUAAACUGUAUUUUUGUAUGCGAAUGUUCCAAUGAAUGGUAUAUCCCCGUUUUAUGUAACUGCGGCUGAACAAAGAAACCAUAAUAAAGGUCGAAAUCGAAUUGGAUCCAGA